AUGACCGGAAGAGUUGUUGACGACAGUUACCCGCAGGAGCCUGUGUCGGAGGAAGAGUUUCUGACCGAGGGUCCAGGGCCCUGCCGCAUCUUGAUCAUCGUGAUCGGCAUAACGGGCACGCUGGCCAUACUUGUCCUUCUCGCUGUGCUCGUGUUCCUGGCGCCCACGGACACCGUGCACACCACUCCCCCUCCAUCCCUGUGCACCACGUUCGCGUGCAUCGAGCACGCCUACAACCUCAACAAGUCGAUGCUGCGCUCAGUCAGUCCAUGCGACAACUUCUACCAGUUUGUGUGCGGAUCAUGGACGGCACCUCGCCGCCGGCAGACAUCGGUAGGGCAGAACAUACACGACACCAUUGCCGGUGCUAUACAGGCAACCGCCAACCACCACCCGCCGGAGAGUCGUAACAAGGGCACGCGCAAGGCUUUCGACAUGUACAUCUCGUGCGUCGAGGCGCACGACGCGGCCUACGCCACCGACAACGUGAGGAGGCUCAAGCACUUCAUGCACGAGCACAAGUUGUUCAUCUCCGCAAUACACGUGGACGGCGUUGACCCACUGGACCUGCUGGUCGACCUCGGAGUGAACUGGAAUCAGAACUUCCUUUUCGAGAUGGCACCGCACAGGGAACAGGCGCACGGGAAGUGGAUGCUGCUGCUCUACCCCGGCUCGCUGUCGCAGUACUUCAGCCUCUCGGAGCAGACGGGACCGGCCUUCUCCGAGUACCUGCGGCACCACUUGGCCAAGGGGUUCGGAAAUGCCACCGACGUGAUCGCCGCGUUUCCCCGCUUCCGUGAGGAAAUUGCCCGAGAAACGGCGCCUCUCCACGAGCCCCUGGUCACGAACAAAUACCCGUGGCUCAAGUUCGCCUUUCGGGACAUCCAAAUUUACGCGCCAAACAUUGACGCCCCGCACUGGCUCUCGACCGUGAACAAGCACUUCGGCCAACACAACAUCUCCUUUAGCAGCUCCUCGACGCUGUUCGUUACGGACAGGCGGGUGCUGGACGUGCUGAACAGGCUCCUUGACCCUAGCUUGUUCCGGCUGCCCGUCACCACGUUCAUCGCUUGGAAGUUCGUCGAGCUCUUUGGCUGGGUCGUGGACGACAAGAUAGCCGAGAUAACCUUCGGCGAGACGGACAAACAGGCGUUGCAAGAGGCGCGCCGCGUGGCCUGCUCAAACUUAGUCGAGCGCACGUACGCCUUCGCCAUGAGUGGCCGCUACCUCUUCGAGGUAGUCGACGUGAAUACCAGGGGCGCUGUGAGCUCUUUCCUCACCUCCAUCCAGGACUCCAUGCUGGCUCUCACCGACAACACGACCUGGAUGGACGACAAAUCGAAAGGCGACUUCAGGAUCCGCGUGUCGGACGUCGAGCGCACCAUAUGGAUCACAGGAAUCAGCGCAUACCCAGGCAAGCUGACUGUGCUCUACCAGGAUUUCCCGGCCACGUCCGAGUCCGACAGGCGGACCGCGUACUCCGAAUGCCGCGCCAACUCUGACCCGUCCCUGUCGCGCUACUCGUACCACUUGAACAGCAUCGUGGUGCCCAUGAGCUUGCUGUUCAAGCCCAUGUACGUUUACGAAGGCACUUCGGCAAUGAACUAUGCAGGCCUCGGGGCCCUUUACGCGCAGCUGCAGAUCAAAAUGCUGGACACAGUCGGCGUCCAGUUCAACGAGCACCGACAGCUCGAUUCCUGGAUGUCUAAAAGCCCCAUGGAGCGCUACGAUGCCAUGGUGCAGUGCUUCUUCUCGAGGGAAAGCCAGGAGGACUUUUGGGAGAAACUGGCGUUCGAGGUCGUGUUCAAGGCGUUCCAAAAGAGCAAGCUUCAGGCGCAUGCACACGGCAUAAGGCUUCAGGGCCUGGAGGGCUUCUCGGACGACGCCAUCUUUUACAUGAGUUACUGUUACAUCAGCUGUUCACGUACUGCCUCCAAGACGAUGCCCGUACGCCGGUCGCAUGUGUGCAAUGCCAUCACGGAAACAGAGCACUUUCGCACCACAUUCGGCUGCCAAGCCCGCACCAAGAGCAAUCUCGCCGAAUGCCCUGUAUUUUGGCGGUAG